UCUGCUCUUUGUUUUUUACGAAGUACUACUGUAACAACACAUCGAAGUUGCAGAUGAAGUCGGUUACUUGCGAUGAAAAACAGUGAAUCAUUUUCUUUCUAUAAUUUUGGAGGUAACCAACCAAAAGACCAGGCCAUUUUUGUGCUUCUGCUACAUCUGGGUUCUCUCCCUUCCUCUCUCUUUCAAGUCUUAACCAGGCUGUCUCUCGUUCCUAACCUCUGAACUCUCUCUUCCUUCCAAAGUGAUUUUGUUACUAGUCUGCAGUCUUUGAAGACUCUUCCGCAAGUGCAGAUGUGCCGGUUGGGUUAUUGGCUGUGAGGAUUUGAUACAGAGAUUUCAAACUUGUUUGGAGGAAUGAUUCUAUCAGCUCUUAUAACUUCUGUUGGAAUCAAUCUUGGCCUUUGCCUUUUGUUUUUCACUCUGUAUUCUAUCUUGAGGAAGCAGCCAGGUAACAUCACUGUCUAUGCACCGCGCUUGGUUGCUGAAGGUAAAGCUCAACAGGGAGGUCAAUUCAACUUGGAAAGUUUGUUACCGACUGCUGGUUGGAUCAGAAAGGCAUGGCAACUCUCCGAGGAUGAAAUCUUGUCGGUAUUGGGCUUGGAUGCCGUGGUCUUUAUGCGUAUUUUUAUCUUCAGUUUGAGAGUUUUUACCUUUGCCGGGGUUGUUGGGAUCUUCAUUCUUCUUCCGGUCAAUUAUCUGGGAAAUCAGCUAAAUGUUGAUAUUUCUGAUUUUUCUCACUUUUCAAACAAGUCGCUGGACUCAUUCAGUAUUUCAAACGUCAACAAUGGUUCAAACUGGUUAUGGAUUCACUUUUGUGCUGCAUAUGUUUUCACUGGAGUUGUCUGCUAUCUUCUUUAUUAUGAGUACGAAUAUAUUUCAUCAAAGAGAAUCGCUUACUUUUAUUCAUCCAAACCUCAGCCUCAUCAAUUUUCAAUAUUAGUACGCGGUAUCCCAAUCCCAUCUGGAGGCACCUACAGUGAAACUGUCGACAGCUUCUUUAUAGAGAAUCACUCUUCUACUUAUCUUUCACAUUCAAUGGUUCGUCGAACUAGCAAACUUCAAGGUCUUAUUGGUGAUACAGAGAAGCUGUACAAAAGGCUUUCCCACUUGAAACUGAACAAUCAUACUCCACAAAGGUUCAGGCGUGAUGGCUUUUUGGGAAUUUUUGGACGAAAGGUUGAUCUUGUAGAUCACUAUGAAAAGAAGUUGGAAGAUUUAGAAGAUAAUGUGAGAUUGGAACAAUCUUCAUCAGCAGGAAAGGAAGUCCCUGCUGCAUUUGUGUCAUUCAAAUCACGGCUUGGUGCUGCAGUAGCUUUACACAUUCAACAAGCAGUGAAUCCCACAAAGUGGGUCACUGAGCGAGCUCCUGAACCUCAGGAUGUUUACUGGCCAUUCUUCUCUGAUUCAUUCAUAAAAAGAUGGAUCUGCGUGCUGGUGGUGUUUGUAGCAUGUGUUGCUCUUACAAUUCUAUUUCUUAUUCCAGUCGUACUAGUACAAGGACUUACUCAUCUUGAUCAGUUGGAGACCUGGUUUCCUUUCCUGAAAGGCGUACUGAAACUAACCUUCGUCAGUCAAGUGAUAACAGGAUAUCUUCCCAGUCUCAUUCUUCAGAUGUUCUUAUCUUUUGUGCCACCCAUCAUGAUAAUGUUUUCCUCCAUGCAAGGAUACAUCUCUCUUAGCCAGAUAGAAAAAAGUGCAUGCAUCAAGGUAUUGUGGUUUACCAUAUGGAACAUUUUCUUUGCAAAUGUACUAUCGGGAUCAGCUCUCUACCAGGUCAACGUCUUCCUUGAACCCAAAAAGAUUCCCAGCGUACUAGCUGAAGCUGUACCGGCACAGGCAUCAUUCUUCAUUGCAUAUGUCGUGACAUCUGGUUGGACCAGUCUAUCAUCAGAACUCUGUCGAUUGACUCCCCUUAUAUGCAGUUUUUUCAAGAGAGUGUUUUCAGGAAAAGAUGGUGAUGAAUUUGAGGUUCCAUCAAUUCCUUACCACAGUGGAAUUCCCACGAUUCUCUUCUUUGGGCUUCUUGGUAUAACAUACUUCUUCCUUGCUCCACUAAUUCUGCCAUUUCUCUUGGUUUACUAUUGUAUGGGGUACAUCAUCUACCGCAAUCAGCUAUUGAAUGUAUAUGCACUCCAAUAUGAAACUGGUGGAAAGUUUUGGCCUAUAGUGCACUAUUCAACCAUUUUUUCUUUGGUGCUGAUGCAUAUUAUUGCCAUUGGGAUAUUUGGGCUUAAGAAGGUUCCAUUAGCUUCCAGUUUAACUAUUCCUCUUCCUAUUCUCACACUUCUUUUCAACGAGUACUGCCAGAAACGGUUUCUACCCUUAUUCAAAUCGUUUCCUAUGGAGUGUUUGGUAAAGAAAGACAGAGAGGACGUUAACGAUCCUACCAUGGGUGAAUUUUAUGAGAAAUUAGUCACUGCAUAUAGAGAUCCAGGCCUGAUGUCAUUGCGAUAUUCCAGAUCAAGCACCGAGGGAUACAACUCUCCCCUUCUUCAUGCUGCCCGAGUCUGAAGUGAAAACUUUAAUUGUCUUUUGGCAUCAAAUUAGGGAAGAUGGUGAUCAACUGCUUCUAUCGAGUAAUUCGCUUGUCAAUAUUUGUAGAUCAUGUCAGUUUCUGCAUGACAUUUCGUCUCAGUAGUGAUCAGUACCAUGACUUUAAUAGAUCUGUACGUACGGCAAUAACCUCGGAUGUUUGAGAUAUUAUUAUAUUAAUGUUUUAGGUGCGUGAAUAUAUAUAUGAGGCUGUACGUUGAAACUCA